AUGCUUUCCCGCGGAGAGACGACUCGUCCCUAUCCUCCUCCGCCGCCGUCUUCGUGCACGCCACUCGCUGCCGCUGUCGCUCAUCCACCCUGGCACCCGUUCUCUCCGUUCGUGUCCUCCUCCUCAUGGCAUUCCACCUAUCCGCGCCCGCAUCCCCCUCCUCAACUGUCGGGUCGCGCCUUCCAGGGGCCGAAUUCGCCCUCGGCGCCGCCCCCGCCUCCUUCUCCUCGCCCUAAGGCUACGUUCUCGACGUUCCCUUCCUUCUCCGCGGGGGGCUGCGCCGUCCCGGGCGGCCUGCCUGGGAUUCCGCCGCCUCCUGGUGGAGGCGAGGACGGGUCAGGGCGGCCCCAGGCGGCCGGCCCGCGGCCGUCGUUCUCCGGCGCGGAGCCGCCCCCCCAGCGAGGCGGGGGCGCCGAGUUCCGCGCAGACACGCGCUUCAGAGUCCACGCAGCCGCGUCGGCGGCGCCGCACUCGCCGCCACCUCCAAGCAUUCAAAGCGUCGAUGCAUCCGCGACGCGCACUGCCUACAUCUUGGAGAGAGAUGGGAUUCGCGUCCUCUCCGCGCAGAGCCGCGCUGGCGCCCUCGCGACCCCGGAGCCCAGCGGCAGCUCUGUGGGACGCGGCGCGCCCGUUUACCGCCCUCCGCCGCUCAAGAGUGCCGCGGCGGCGACGACGGGCGACACCGGCCGUCGGGCGACCGCGGGGUUCUCCGCCGGCGUGGAGGAGACCGGGGGGGCGGCGGCGAGGAAGGGGGGGAGACCUGGAGAGGCGGUCGCCGGGGUUCCGACCAGAUUCGGUGGAGGCAGCCUCCCGCGUUCUUUCUCGAGGCCUCCACAUGCAGGUGGCGCCUGGCGGCGGCCUCAAGCGACCCAAAGAAAGGAGGCGGGGACCCCCGGGGGCGCUCCACCGGCGACCCUGGGUGGCGUGCAGAGACACAGGGGACGAAGCCUAGGAGUUGCUCGCCCUGUUGAGGCUUUUCAAGAUCGAGGCAGCUGCGAACGACGCCAAGUUGCGUCGGCUUUUGCUUCGACACCGCCAUCUCUCUCAUCUUGCGUGCAGAGCUACGUGGGCGCGUGGGGGCAGUGCCGCCCUGGAGGACCGGGAGGGCGAGGCGCGAACCAGCCGCCCCGUCUCUACGCGGCGCCACAGGAAGCCGCAGACGGCCUGGGCACCGGUUGGGACGAGAAAACGGGUGUUUUCGGCACUGGCCAUGCCCCCUGCAGCCCCGCCAGUUUUUGCGGGGCGGGGGAGAGGCCGGGCCGCCUCGUCUCGUGCGUUUCAGUAUCCAACACGGACUCCCCUUCGAACUCUCUAGCGUCCUGCGGCGAAGCGGGCGAGGAGGCUGCAGGGGCCCAACAUCGCCAGGAGGGUCCCCCGCCCGCGGCGGCUUUCUCGCCUCUCGGUGCCUCUUCUUCAUUUGCCGACACCGACUAUGACCGGCGCCGUAGUUAUUCAGGGGAGGCGGCCGACAGCUGCGGCGUCUUCCAAGCCUCUUCAGCCGCUGCGCCCGAGGCGUUCUCCGGAGGCGGCCCGGCUUGGAAGCCCCCGGCUGCGGAUCCGCGAGCGUAUUCACUGUCGGGCUCGCGACCGGCGUCGCCUUGCCGGCACGUUCGUGUCGCGUCCGCUGGCGGGCUAGAGAGCGACGCACAUCGCCAUGGGCGUGCAGAGACGCCCGCGCGGCGACAGGCAUUCUCGUCGUUUCCGUCGUACGUUGAUCCCACGCGGCGGGCGGGCAGCCCCGUGCCCCCGCCGCCACCCUGGGCUCGAGCGCCGGCCGACAUCGCGCCGGCGCGGUCUGCGGCGGAGCGUGGGUCGCAGGCGCCCCCAAACCCCAGCACGGACAGACCGUCGUCCGCGCUGCCAGCUCUCCGUCCUUCUCUGGUGUUUGGCGCGCAAGCGCCUGGAGAGACUGCGCUCAGUGCAUGCGAUGGCGAUGAGGAUGACGGCGGCGAGGCGUCGAUGGUGAUGGACGACGAAGACGAUGGAGGAGGAGACAAGCACCUCUCGGCAGUGGGCGCCAGUGUAGCAGAGACUGCGACAUGCAUUCGACGCGCCUCGUUCUCUCAGGCGGCUGACGAGGACCCCGCCGCGUUCCGCGCGCGGCUCGAUUUCGCCUCAGAGAGGUAUGUGGGCGCAUGCGCAGCAGACGCCGGUGAGCCAGUGACGGGCAGGCACGAGCAGGCGGCCCCGUUUUUGAGCGCGGGUUGGGCGGCGUCGCCCCGCGCAACGUCUACAGAUCUAAAGUCUCCGGUUCAUCAUGAACAAAUCAGGGAUUUCUCGGCUUCCAGCCGGCGAUUCGAGGAGGUAAGCGAGCCCGCUGGACUUGCGAUGCAGGUGUGGGAUCUGCACAGGAAAGGAGAGCGCGCGGAUCUGCUUUCCGCAAAGCGCGAAGCCACGGGGAUCUGCGCGCCCGACGAAGUUGCGUCCUGGUCGGCGGCCUGGAGGGGAGACACCGAGAACAAGGAUGCAGGCUUCUCUGGGGGUCGCGAGGGCACGUCCCUCGCCCCGUGUCAUGCGGCUCCAAGGGUCCACCCUCCCCUCGAGAAAGCCCAGAACGAAGAGGACCGCGAUCGCUCCUGCAGCCGCGGAAGACGAGAAGGCAGGCCCUCCUCUGGCGAGGCCGGAGACGACAUGCACUCAUGCUCAUCUGUCUCUCCGUCUCGGGGGGGCGCCGGCGGCCGCGUGGGCAGGCGAGCGGCGGCGCCCGGGCAAGCGGUAGAAGGCGGGAAGGCGGCGUCGCGGUCUGCUGGGCGAGAGCGCCGAAGGAGACCGAAGAAGUCCCGGCUGGGCGACGAGGGGCGAGGAAUGACAGACGCAGAGAGUGGGGGGCCUGGCGGUCGCACGCCGUCGACGUCCGCGGGGGACAAGCAGAGAAGGUUCUUGGGUCUCCUCGGGCCUCGCGGGCCGCGGACCUUCCAGCCUGGGGAACGGGAGCAAGGAGCGAGAAUCGAGAUGGCUCUCGCUGCACGCAAUGCCGCCCGCGCAGCGCUGGACAAGGUGGAGUCGAGUAUUCAGCACGGGCGACGCCACGGCCUCUCGGCGAUCUCUUCCGCAAGCCACCAAGAUCCCUUCAUUGAUUUUCGGUGUAGCUGGGAGGAGGGGUCGGAGAGGGACAGCUGCGCCCCGAAGCAACGGGACGCCUGUUUGGCUCCGCUGGCGGGCCUUCAACUUGGAAGUGGAUCCUGCGGGAACGAGGCAGCUGGAGAGGAGCCCUCAAGAGGCGUCGAGGGUGAGGAGAGACGAUCCAGCUUCGGAGACAGUCGCCGGCAAAAGGCACGCCUUCUUCCACCUGCCGCAGUCGCAGAUGCAGCUCGCGAAGAUCGGCGCGAGGACGGCUUUCAGGGGGGAGCGUUUCCCGCUGCUGGAGCCGCGGGCGACCCCGUGGCACUGCGCCCGUUUUCCCCGCCGGCGAGCGGCGAGCGCGGGUGCCGAGACGAACAGGACCGCCGGCGAGGGGAGCGCUGGGAGAGAAAACGCACUCGAGAAGCUUCGCGGUCGUUCGACAGGGCCUCCUGGGCCCCAAAUGGACCCAGACCUUGGGAGGCUGUCCCCAGCCCCCCGCCCGGAGGUUUUCCCGACGGCAGAGGCAAUCUUCCUGCGCCGGUCGCCCCAGAAGGAACGUUCUUCUCGGGCGCAGCGUGCGCACUCGAACUCAGCGCCCCGCAGCUUGCCGCGCCGACGUCGCGUUCGCCUUCGCCGCACACGCAGUUCGCCGAUGUGAGUCAUCUGCGGUUUCCGCCCUCGCUGAGCCUCUAUGGGGCGUCUCCGCAUCACGCGCACACCCCCACGUUUGCUACUGCGCGUGCCUCGGCAUGUCCUCCGCCCGACGCGCACGUCUUCGCGCCGGCCGUCCACGACCCGCCGGCCCCGCACCCGCCGCUGGCCCCGCACCCGCCGCUGGCCCCGCACCCGCCGCCGGCCCCGCACCCGCCGCCGGCCCCGCACCCGCCGCCGGCCCCGCGGAUUCUGCAGCUGCCCAGAUGUCCGAAGGGGGCAUGUGCGGCGGCGGUCGCUGGUAGCGAGAGACCGCCGAGUAGCCGGGACGCGCCAGACGGAGGCUGCGAUCUGCGGUCCCCGGAGCGCGCUGCGCCCACGUCGAUUUCUCCGCCUGGAGCCCAAGAGACACCCCCGCCGCCGGCGCCGCCUUCGCGCCCCGACUCAAGGGGUGGCGCCGCAGAGGCGGGCCUGGGAGACGGGGGCAGGGACGACACACGCGCUGGACGCGAAGCGCGAAGGACAGGAGACGGCACUGGCGGCCGAAGGCGUGUAGACCUGCCUUGCGCUGCCAGUGCCGACACGCACACGACAGAGGACUGGGAACGACGCGCAGCACUUCAGUUCAGACACGAAGGCGCAGACUCCAGACAGGGCAGUUGCGAGGGAGGUGUGAGGCCGGUUUCUUCAGGACUUGAUGACUCCGCCAACGGCCAUGUGUCUCCGGACAUUUUGUCCAGUGCGUCUUCGCCGUGCGCCCCUUUUGCUGCGCGUGCCUCUUCUCUGGCUUCCGGGGCCACGUUGGGUCGCGCGAGCGCGUGUCUCCUCAGCCUCCAGAGCCGCGGCAUUCCGUCGGGCGGAGCCCAAACCGCUUCGUGCCUCGCACCGGACGGGCGACCUGCAGAGACCGACGCAGCGAGCCGGGCGCAGCAGGAAGGGACUGGAGCCCACGCCGUGCGGGGAGCAGCCCACGCAGCGGUAGGCGCCGGGAAAAAGGGAAGCCCCCGGGGAGUUCUGGAGGCGCCGCGAGUGGAUGCGCCAGACAAACAGCGCGCCAUAUCUCUGCACGGGACGGCUGUGGCCGACGUAGUCGGCGGAAGAGAACGGGCGCCUCCCGACCAGAUUCGCAGUUUGCCGCCGCGAGAUGGCGACGGCGAGCGCGAGACAGGGGACGCGCGGAUUCCCUCAAACAGGGCGUCGCAGUUGGUGAUGACGCACGGCGUCGUCGAGGCGUCCGCGGCCCGCGCAGAGACAGGCCAGGAGGAGCGGCCCUCGCGAAGCUCGGCGAGAGGUGAGGAGACAGGGCAAAUGACGGGUGCGUCACGCGACUCAUCGUCGCAUGAGGGGACCGCGGCGGUCGCGUCUGGGCGGGCCCACCCGGAUGCGGUAGCUGCCCUCUCCGAAGACAGGGCCGCUUCAGAGCUGGCCGAAGGCCCGGAGUGCAUGGCUGCCGAGAAAGGCUCUGUGGGCGGCUACUCCGUAGGCCCUGUUCCCGACCCAGACGGCGAGAAGGCCGUGCCAGCUCGGGAGCUCGAGAAGCAGGCGGACCGCGUCCGCAGGUGGAAGCUGCCUCGCGCUGUGGCCGCGAAGGGGCGACAGAGGAAGCUGCCUCCGUCCUCUGGCGCUUCCCUCGGGGGGGCGGAUGAGGGGGGGGAAAAGCAGACGAGAGAGACGGGCGAGGCGGAAGGCGUGAACCCUGAGACGCCAGUGGCGGGGCUUCCCGAGGAGCUCCGAGGCGGGGGCGGGGACAGCGAAGCAGCGCAUCGUGAGAAGCAGCCCGGAUCUGAGGACGCGCGGGAGGAGGGCCAAGCCGAGAUGAAGAAAACGAGUCAAGCCCCCCCUACGACGGGGGAUCGGGGCGGAGCGGAGGAGGGAGGGGAAGUGCCGACGGCUCGCGUCUCGCCGUCUGCGAGAGGGGCGGCGGGGGCGAGUGUGGAGGGCGGCGCAGAGCUGCGCACGACGGACGAGGCAGGGAAACCAGCCAAGCCAGAAUCCGCUUCCUCUCCGUUGCCUGCCUUGAUCCAGACGUCGCCCGCUUCCUCGCCUCACGCCACGGCAACGGCUGAUGGUUCAGGGGGGGCGGAGCAACCGAACCAGGCAAGCGCGUCUCCUGCGUCCCCGGGUGCGUCCCCUGUCUCUCCGGUCGCCCCCCUGUGUGCCCCCGCCCCGACAGACGGUUGGGCUUCGAUCCCUGCGUCGACCGCCAGUGCGGCGCUGAGGCCGGAGAGCGUAGCCGAGGAGGCAGAGGCCACAGGCAAACGAGGUACUCGGUCCUCGUUGGGUCUGCCUGCGGCGGGUUCGGGAGGUGCGCCUGCGGCUUCGCGGCUCCGUCUCGGGGGAGCGAAGGCCCCUAUGGGCUCAGUGAAGGACGCUUCGCCUAGGUCGGUGUUUCCGUGGGGCGCCUUCGAAGCGUCGCUCGUCGGGUCCGGGGCGAGCCUGGCGCCUGUUUCUGGGGCCCCGCGCACCGCGUCUCCAGACGGGCCACGCAUGGAUAACGCCGGCGGCAUCGCACAGGGCGAGCCCCCCCCCUCCUCAGCAUCCUGCAGCCGGACAGGCGGCCAGGGCGCUGGCGACCGGAAGGGACACACAGACGGUCAACUGCACGGCGGUCCAGGGGCAGGGGUCUGCGGCGGGGGCGACAACGAGCCCGAGGCCGCCGGGGGCUCAGCUGCGCGCGGGGCAGUUCACGCGACAGGACCGGCCAGCCGUCCCUCCCAGCCAUCGCCCGCGCUUCCGUCGCCUGCGUCUCCGUCGCCCGCGCCUCCAUCGCCCGCGCCUCCAUCGCCCGCGCUUCCAUCGCCCGCGCUUCCACCGCCCGCCGUGCCAGGCGCAGAGCCUGUGUCUCCAUCGCCCGCCGUGCCAGGCGCAGAGCCUGCGUCUCCAUCGCCCGCCGUGCCAGGCGCAGAGCCUGCGUCUCCAUCGCUCGCGCCUCCAUCGCCCGCCGUGCCAGGCGCAGAGCCUGCGUCGCCAUCGCCCGCCGUGCCAGGCGCAGAGCCUGCGUCUCCAUCGCUCGCGCCUCCAUCGCCCGCUUUGCCAGGCGCAGAGCCUGCGUCUCCAUCGCCCGCUCCUCCAUCGCCCGCCUUGCCAGGCGCACAGCCCGACGGCCGCGCCCCGUCGGAGCCCGUGCGGUCGCCUCCGCUCGCAGCGGAGACACCUCCACGUCCUGUGGCCUCGGGUCGUCCGGCCUCCGGAACUAACAAGGCGCAGGACGGCGCAGUGGAAGUCAACGCGGUAGUGGGCCGUGUCGUGCACACGCAUGCAGCUUCUGAGAGAGCAUCGGCGCCUCCCAGGCAAGGUGAAGCUGCGGCGGCACCCUCACCCCCUUCGUCCUCUCGCGCUACUGACGCUGCGUCCUUCACACCUUCUCGGGGCGCGGAGGGUGAACCUCCUGGCGAGAAAGGGGACGCGGGCGCCGCCGCAGGCCCCGGGCCGCAGACCGCGCCGCCGGACCGUGGACGGCCUCCGCCGCCUGCAGCUCAACCAUCGCCCGAUGCGUCGGUCGGUGGAGCUGGUUCUCCCCCUGGGGCCCCGCUGUCAGAUAUCCAGACGUCAGACUCCUCGGGCGGGGGAGCAGGGGGAGAACCGGCGGGGGAGCAGCGGCCUCCCUCGUCCAGUGCGCUGGACGCUUCGUCUGGUGCUUCGCCUGCGUCGGCGGCGACCGCGGCGUUUCCGAAGUUGGACGCGCUUCGCCGAAGUAUCUGCUCAGGCAAGAUGAAGGACUUCCGCCGACAGCGCGGCAGCAGCCUGUCGCUCUCCUUGACCAUCACGAACCGGUCGCAGUCUCCGCGCGGCGGUCGAGGCUCGGGGCCAGGCGGGCCAGACGCCCCCGCCUCGGCGGCAGGCACGCAGAGUCCCCUGCCCCCCACGGUCGGCGCGGCGGAGAGUCUCUCUGAGAUCUGGGUGGAGCUGCAUGACGGCUGGAAGAGCUGGAGGAAGGUGCAGGGCCCCGACGGGGGGAGGGACAGGGGCUGCAAAGCGAGGGAGGCGGACAGCGGAGCGAAGGAGCGAGCCACGGGGCGGAGGCGAGACGGCGCGCCACCGCCUAACGCCGAAGCGGGGCGAGAAGAGGGACGGGAGGCCGCCGACAAAGGCCCCGAAGAGAAGCGGUCUGACGCGGCACCCCGCCUCCAAGAGAAGCGGAAAAGCGGAGAAAAGGAGAAGAAGUCGAGACGUGUGGAUAGUGCACAAGGAUCAGGGAAAGACGGCGAAGCAAAUCAAGGAACUGCGCAAGCGACAACAGCUGCAUCGCCUUCGCGACCCUCGCAGGUGCCCGACGGCGGCCGCAGACGGUCGGAACGCCUUCUGGCCUUAGUAGCGCAGAAGAAUAAACAAACGCCGCCCGAGUUGCACACAGGAACGCAAGAGAAAAAAACAGCGUGCUCCCGCCACCCUUCGUCUUCCUCUCCAAGUGUGGCCGCGUUCCCGCCCUCGCCCUCCCGUCAGCCUCCGCUCGGUUCGUCCACGCCUGCAUCGCCUCCGCCGUUAACCUCUUGCCUCGCAAGUCUCCAACCGUCCACGGCUUUGCCUUCUAGCCCUCUGUCGUCUUUCCCUUCUUCCGCGCUGUCUUCUUCCCCGCCGCUCUCUUCCUCUUCUUCUCCUCCGGCUGGCUUCUCUGCGUCUCCGCCGCCCAGCUCGUCGCCUCCCUCUCGGGAUUUGUCCGUGUCUUUUCUGCCGGCUGCCGCGGCCGCGUCCCUCCAGACUUCUCCGUCUGCGGGCGCUUUGGCGUGCGCGCCGAUUCGGCCUCUCCUUUCCGCGGCUUCGGCGCCGCCCGGCUGGUCGCCGGCGCUUGCCCUGCCUUCGACGGCGCCAUGGGCCCUGGCGGUCUCCCCUCCCUCGCUCGCCUCGACAGUCCCCGCGGGCGCGCCCGCGCCGCUAAACACCCCCUCGGCGCGCCUGGCGGUGCUGGUGAGAAGCACGGCGCUGGCGGACAAAGCGUCGGUCUGUGAUCUCAAGAGUGCUUUCCUUCGCGAGGCGCCCUUGACGAGCUCCACGGGGCACCCAGCGUCUGCGGCGACCGUUGUUUCGCCAGCAAAGUUGACAGGCGUGAGCCCGCUUUCGGCCCCAGGGCGGCGCCUGGGUCCGAGCCCCGCCUGGUCUUCGGCGUCACCGCCUUCGCUGCUGGCGUUUUCCGCGGCCUCCUCCUCUUAUGACCAUGGUGGCGCGCUGAGAAGCACCAGCGCAUGGCAGUCGGUGGACGACUCCUUGCUGAUUCAUCUGCGGGAGGAAGACAGAGAGUCGUCGCUGACGCGGUGCUUCGCGGCGCCGUCUCUUCUUCCGCCUUCCGCAUCGCCUUCAAACGGCACCACAGCUGCUCAGGCGCCUGGCGAAGGCCGCGAGGGGGCGACGGCGGACGAGCUGCGGCUGGGCGCGGAUGCCCAGCGAGAGAGGCGCAACACCCAGUCGAUGCCUCCGGAAAGUGGGGGGGUGCCGCGUGGGACAGACGCAGCGGCGCCGGCGGAUGGCGAGGCGUGGGGCCAAGCGCCCCGGCGAGCCACGCCUGGCCCCGCGGCCGCGGGGUCCCCGUCGGAUUUAGACGGCUGCAAAGCGCAUCCAGGGGAGAGGCCACAAGGCGACCGAGGGACCGCGCCUGCAGCGAAUCUAGGUGGAUGGAACGGGGGCGAGGGCCCGCAGCCGAACGCCAGGAGGGCUGCGGAUGGCACCACGAGAGUAACGCAGAGUGCGCGCGAGUGUGCUAUAGGAGGCGCAUUCGAAGGGCACAUAGGAAACGGCGCCUCUGACAAAAAUUACGCGACAGCCACAUCCUCGGGGUACGCGUCACAGGGGAACACGAGGGGCAGUCCUCAGGGACAUUCGGCUGCACUGACAUCUGCCGUGCAGUCUCCUUUGUCGUCCGUGUGUUCGCCUGCUGUGGGCAUCGACUCUUCGGGCCCGGAGAAGGCUGCCGCUCUGCAGGUUUCUGAGAGGGCCUCGUCGGCUCUCUCUCUGCUGCCCGGGUUGGAGCGUCGCGCCAUGGAGAAGCCGCAAACUGCGAUUGCGGCUCCAGGGGCGGCGACUGAGGCAGGCACGCAACCUGAGGCUGGCGCUGUCUCCGCCGGCCCGAGAGAUUCAAACGGUGCCGCGCCAGCGUCAUCGCACGCCAGGGAACCUUCUGUGCAAGAGACAGCAGAACCUCCGGAGUCUAGGGCGUGCGCAGCUGGACUCCCCGCCAGCAAGCGGCUUCAAACGACCCCGGCGCCCUCGCAUUCGCUUCCCGCGAACCUUCUUCGCUCGAGCUCAACGCCUUCAAUCGGCAGCGCGCCUCGUGCCGCGUCUCCGCCGUCCACGUCGGCUCCGCUGGCGCCGCGGGCCUUUGUGCCAGGGGCGUUGCCCUCUCUUCCGUCUCCUCGCAGGGGGACUCCCGCCAGCGCCCUGCCGCGUCCCUCGCUCCCCACGCCCCAUAUCCCGACUACGCCGUCUCUCGUAGAGGCGACUCGUGCGCCUUCGACCGCCAGCGUUGUGGCAUCGGACGCCUGUCUCCGCUUGUUGCUGUCCUGUGAACAGGAGGUGACGAAAGCGAGAAUCCACGAAGCCCGGAUUCGCGCGCAGCACGCUGCGGCGCUAAUGCGGACUCAGGUCCUGUUCAAGGAGUUUCAAAAGAGCCAGAAGGAGUCGCAGAGACUCCAGCAGGAGCGGCUCGCCGCGGCGCGGCGCGUCACCAUCGCAGAAAACAACGUCGCCACGGCCUCGAGAAACUUUGAAGCGGCGAUGCAAAGUGCUGAGCGCAGUAGGGGUGCCCUGCUGGGCGGAACAGCAGACCAGAAUCUGUCUGCCAUUUUUUCGCGUACCGUCUUCCCGGUUGAGGCUGCGUUGGCGCCCCAGACGCCCGCGGGCCCGCGCCCGGCUGCAGCGGCCGGUCACCCUAUUGCGCAGGCGAGGGGCGGCACACCCUUCGCAGGCGGAGACCCCGCCUUCCUCGUGGGGCCAGGGGGGACGCGCGAGGCCCGAGCCAGUGCGCCUCGAGGCGACAAGGGCCUGGCGCGAGCAGCCGCGGGGUGUCUCCAGACCAGCGCGGGCUCUGCGCGCGUGCCGUCAGGGGCUGCGGAGACCGCUGCCGAGCGCGUGUCUGUUUCCCAAAGAGAGCCCGCGGCGUCGGGCGCUAGGAAGCUGACGCCGCCUCAAACAGGGGGCGAGCCGGCCGACAGGGGGGAGAGGGGCGCCGGAGCGGCUUCAUGCGGGGGGUCCGCCGCCGGCGAGCUGCUGCGCGCCGGUUCGGGCGCCACGCAGCGGCCCGAGGUAGUGCCACGAGGGGAUUCGCUGCCGCCGGACUCAACAGGCGCAAGCGCGGCUCUGUGUGCGGCGGGCAGACGUGAGCGAGUGCAGGAGCCCCCAGAGGGGGAGCGCAGGGCGGGGGAGGUGGGAAGGGCGGAGUCUCCGUGCGCGCCCCCUCGGCCUCCGGAGAAGCGAAAGCGCGGCGACGAGACGGUGGAGGCGGGGCAGCGGAGGAAAAGGCCGACCACGGGCGCGGCGACAGCGAGGGGACCUGGGUCUGCAGCCGCCUGUGAGGAGGAGGAGGACGAGCUUCUGCCGAGCCGCAGGAAGCAAAGCGACGGGGAAUCCGGUCCGCGCGAGCGGCGAUACUUCGAAGUCUGGCUCUCGCUCCAGGAGGAAGACAAAGAAAACUGCGGGGGCCAGGAUACAGGCUGUCGACGAGGAGAGGGGACAUUCCCGGCGGUGCGCGCCGUCGGAGAGACAGAGGGGUGCCCCGACAAGACUCGCGAUGGGGAGCCAGCUUUUUGUGAAGGCGAUAGAGGAAGCGAUGCGGACGCCGGCGGCGGCGGACAGCGGGGCCUUCGAGAGGACAUUUUGUUUUUCAUAGACGGCGAAGAGGAGGGCGACCAGCACCAGGAGGAGAAAGGCAAGAAAAGAGAUGCCAAAACACCUCCUGCUCGUGACAAACGACUGCCGUCGAGGAGCUCGCCACGGCUCGGAAAAAACACACCAGGGGCGCAGUCAGCGGGCGACGCCGCCAGUUCGCGGGCUUCGGGGACCGUGGGGGCCUCUGCCGCAAACCGCCGACAGCGCUCGCCUGGCGCAGAAGCUCCACAGCAGAGCGCGGGCGCCACGACGUCUUCAGGGGCUGAGAAAAAUUCCUCCAACGCACAUAUCUACGUGUCGGUUUUGAAGGAUCUAGGCUGCACCGUGCCCCCCCUGCCAGCCGCGCGCGAGGGGCAAGCCGCAACGCAGACGGCGAAGGACAAGAAGAAAGCCUCUCCGAGGGCAGACGAGCGAGCGGCGGAGACGCGACUCGACAAGGUGCGUUCGCCGUCGGCGCUCGCGGGAGAGCGAGCCGUUCGGCCGUCUCCGAAGAACCGAAGAGGCCAGAGCGAGAAAGAAGCUGAGAGCAAGUCGCGCGGGGGGCAGGUGCAGACAAGAGGACCCAGCCUGCAGACGGCGGCGAAAAAGACCAGAGGAGGGAGAGAGAGGACGACAGACGCGCGAAACCCGUAA